AUGACACCAUUGCAUCAACCAAGUAAACGCAGAACUAAUUACCCCCAAGAGGUGCCUGAAGAAGCACUAAAGUUGCAAGUGAGAGAACCAACCAUGGAUGAUUCAAGAGACAAGUUGUUGUUGUUGUUGUUGGAGAAUGCUUUAUCAUCUUUGGGGUUCAAGGAAACCUCCAAGAGUUCAUCACCUGUAGUUGAUGAAUUAUCCAUGCAUGAAACCAACCAAUUGUUGAAUCGAAUGCCACCCAUUCAGAAGGAACUUGAUGAUCAUCCACAAGAUGUAUUCAUGAGGAAAGAAAAGUCUUUAAAGCCUCCACUCGCAGCUCAAAUCGUUCCAAUUGAAUUUCCACCACAAGUUCAAUUUGAAAAACCAAAAGAAUUGAAGGAAGAAGAGGCCAAAAUUUCUGGAUCUGAAUUGACCAUUCUUCGUUAUUCGCCAGAAGGAGAAUUGGAUCGCUCUGUUCCAUCUAUUACCAUAACAUUUUCACAACCCAUGGUUCCUGUCUCAAGUGUGUCCAAUGUUGAGAAUGAAAAUGUUCCAGUUGAAAUUUCACCACUUCCAAAGAAGGGAGGAAAAUUCAAAUGGUUGGGAACAAGAACACUUGUCUAUGAGGCCAACUAUAGAUUUGACAUGUCCACCAAGUAUACUGUUUCCAUCAAGAAGGGCACAACAUCACAAAUUGGAGGAGUUUUGAAAAAUCACUUUUCAUUUAGUUUUGCAACUCCAAGACUUUCCCUUUUAGAUUCUCUUCCUGGUGUUAGUUGGAACGGACACAUGCCAGUGAAUGAAUUUCCUGUCUUCUAUGCCGAAUUUGAUCAAGACAUUGAGCCAACAACUGUUGUGUCCUUCAUUUCCACACCAUUUCAUUCCACAAGUUUGAUUUUGGAUGGAACCUCCAGCAAUCCUUUAUUGAAGGAACAUGUCAAGAAAAUGAUGAAAGAUUACAAUAAGAGAAAUCCGUCCUUGUACAAAGCAUACGAGUCCAAACUUGAAUCGGCUCCACAUUCGAGACACCUCUGGUUCACGAUGGAUGUACAAAACCAUAACCUUGUCAAUGCUUGA